AUUUACAUGGAAAAAAAUAAAAACAGCAAGUAAGUAAAGUCAACGGCCACUAGAUGUCGAACCGUCCACCUUUGACAGCUGAUACUUAGAAAAAUAAUAAUCGUUCAAAAAUGGCUAGCUUGCCAACGGGACUGGUGUCCCACACGAGAAAAGUGCAAAGCUUGUACAAAAGGGCCCUCCGCUCCUUAGAAAAUUGGUAUGACAGAAGAGAAGUUUACAGGUAUCAGGCUGUAUUAAUGAGACAGAGAUUCGACCAAAACAAAGAUGUAAAAGACAUGCGAAUCGCUAAAGACCUGAUCGAACAAGGUGAAACGGAACUAUUCAAAACCCAACAUUGGCAUCCCAGAAAAUUCCCCGAAUCCCCUGGUGGUGUUGCUUAUGGAAGAGAAGUGAUUCCUCCAGAUUGGGUUGUCGAUUAUUGGCAUCCACUGGAAAAGGCCCAAUACCCAUCAUACUUUGCUCGAAGAGAACAGAGGAAGAAGGAAUAUGUUAAAAUGUGGGAAAAACUAUAUGGUAAAUCCACUCCAACUGCCCAUUAAAUCUUAUUGUUAAUAGUGUAGAAUGUAUUAAAGAAUAUAUUAAUUUAAAUCUU